CUAUGGAGACUGUUGUCCUAUGUCCCGCUGAUUUUAGUUUAUGUCCCGCAACGAUCUCACACGGGAUCCUACCUUGCCGGGAGCUAAGUGUUUGGACAUCUACUGAGGUAGACAAAGGUACACAGUUCCUACCAUGGAAGGGAAGCGUCAAGGCGGAGAUUCUUCCGCCCUUUCUCCGCCUUCCAGAAUAUGAUCUCCGCCAUAGGUUCGGCCUCCAUGAUGAGAUCAAGGAGGACUCCGGACUCCCUGUCCGCCACUGUAACUGGGUUCGGUUCCUCCGAUACUCCCUGGUUAUGACACCAGAGGUCAACAUCAUAGGAUCCAAGAAUAUUGCCGGAGAACCAGUCUUCGAGGUCAUCCGUUCCCUUGAGCCAGGCAGUGAACUGGUCGCGUUCCUUGUUCCUGAAUCUCCACAGGAACUGAUGCUUCUGCCUGCAAUACAGUUCCUGAGACAAACCUUGUUCAAAACCUAUAUAGAGAACGUACUCCAUGAGAGUCCACUAGAUCUCUCCAGGUCAUUAAUCAAUCAAUCAUCUCCGUCUCCGGAUAUUAGUCAACACUCCAUCAAAUCAGAGAAUACAGAGAGUGAAGGAAAUAUUUCAAGAGAUACAAUUUCUACAAUUUCUCCGCCAUUAAACCGGUUAAAUGUAAACAUAAACAAUAACAAACUAAAUCCCCCAAGAAGAUCAAAAACAAUGCUACCUUGUGAUACAUGUGGGAAAAUAUUUGACCGACCUAGCCUGCUGAAAAGACACAUUAGAGUCCACACUGGAGAACGGCCUCAUGUUUGUGAUUUAUGCAACAAAGGAUUCUCAACAAGCAGUAGUUUAAACACGCACAGAAGGAUCCAUACCGGGGAGAAACCGCACAGAUGUGAGGUGUGCGGAAAAACGUUUACAGCUUCCUCUAAUCUUUACUAUCACAAGAUGACCCACAUAAAGGAGAAACCGCAUAAAUGUAAUCUCUGUUCUAAAUCCUUUCCAACUCCUGGAGAUUUAAAAUCCCACAUGUACGUUCACACCGGUACAUGGCCAUACAAAUGUGAUAUUUGUACACGAGGGUUUGGUAAAUUAACAAACUUAAAGAACCACAUGCAUCAGCACGAGGCCGGAGGCAGGCUGGAUGUAGAGGACGAAAGUUCGGAGGAUAUCCAGGAUACACUGGAUACACAGGAUACAUUGGAUACACAGGAUACACAGGAUACAAGUCCUAUCAAGGAUUUUCUUCUAAAUAUGGUAAAAAGCCAGGUUGAGCAGCCCAGGAUGGAAGAGAGUAAAACUAUGGGUUUUCCAAUCCUUUUCCGACCAAUUAACAUGUAGAUUUACAAUACGUCCUCAUAUACAUCAGCUCAUGUUUCUUCAUUUGAAAAACGGCUUUAUAAACAGUUUAAACAAUCUUGUGAGAAAACAUAUUUAGAGCUCAUGAUAUUGCAGGAUUACAGCACUCAAAUAUCUGUGAUUUAGUAGCAAAAUAUAAAAAUUUGUCCUUAAAGGAGCCAAUGAUAAUUCAAAUAAACUGUGAUUGAAUAACUAGAAUAAAUAUCAUUAUUGAAAUUGUUAAAUAAUAAAAUAAAUUUUCAUGUCUUU